ACGCAAGCCUUUCGAGGAAUUAUCUAGCGAACCAAUGAAAAUUGGUGUUUUGAUUCAUUUAAAGAAUGGGGAAACAAAGCACUUAAUAAAACGCUGCGAUAAACACAAUGUUAAAAGGUUUUUAUUUCAAGCUAUAAUUAUUGCGAAAUAUAAUUUACCUAUUAUUUGGGUUUCCAAAGCUAGGCAGUGAAAAUGCCUACAAAUCAUCUGUGGACAAUGGAACAAUAUAAGAUUUCUUCGUCUGGCCUUUAAAACCAGCUGAUGUAUUUAAUUUUCGCAUCCACUUCAGAUGCCUAAUAACUUUUAAAAGAAGAAGAUAGCCCAAGGUAGAUGUGUGCACUUUGGUCAGCCUCAUCGAAAUCUAAUGUGUAUUUAAAAAGUUAAUUCAUUAUAUAAGGCUGCGAGGAUAAGGAAGUUUUAACAGACCAGAGUCCAAACCAUGAAACCAAGAUUUUUGUUAUCGACUGGAAGAAGAACAUAGAACUUUUACCAGAACAGGCCUAUUCCCAUGUCUUUCCCAGACCAUGCGGCAUUUAAGACGCGCAUUAGCAUAAGUAUGUGUAUGUAAGCCAGUGGAGACACCAGAAAACCACCAUAAGCAUAAGCGCAAGAGGUGCGAACAUGUUCCUUUUCUUCUGAAGCUCAUAUAUUGUUUCUAUGUUGCAACAAGAACGCGGUUGAAAUAAGAAUAAGCAUAAAUCCAAGGCAGUCAACCAAUCAAACUCGCUUUGAUCCAGGCGCCUUCGAAAAUAUUAGACAGCAUGGCAGACUCCGUCAUAUUUUUUUUAACUAUCGAGGUAGGCUAGAAUCCAUUCUCGUCUCCAGGGCAACACUUUUUUGGCGAGAAUGAGCUGGUAUCGAGACUCCUGUUUAUUCGGCUCUUGGUUAUGUCAUUAUGCUUAUGUUCUUGAGUCCCCACUUGCUUAUGAUUACUCUUCCGCUUACAUCUGCUUCUACUUCUGCUUCUGCUCGUCUGCUAGUUGAAACCAGCCUUAAGAUUUUUUGCCAGUUGCAAUUUUAUUAAGUUAUCUAUCUUUCAUAACCUCACUGCUAUGUUUAACUACUUUGAAUGGGGGAGAGGCCCGGAAUAGUGGUAUCUAGACAUUAUUCUUUCUUUUACCAAAAUAAACGUUUUUUAGGUAUUAACAAGUUUUCAACUUAUGGAGGUCUUGCCGUGACAAACAUUUCGACAAAAUACCGACAACAGUUAGCUUGCGUACAGACUAUUUUGUUUAAAUCCGUAUGAUACAAAGGAAGCAGUCUUUACGCAGGCUAACAAUAGUCACGAAACUUUACGUAAUGUUUAAUAAUCGAACCCUGGGUUCGAUUUCUGACAGCGCAAAAGAGAAAGAGCUCUCCAGAAAUUAAGAAUACAAACAAUAAUGGAAUAUCCUUUAAAGGUUUUUCUAAAAGACAUAUUAUUAUUCACAUCCCUUUUAUACAGAGCCUUUAAAAGCAUUAAAUAAAGGUACAAUUGUUUCACACUCUAAAACCUAGUAGUUUCUCAUUCCAAAUCAAAAUAAAAACCAACUGAUCACCGCAGUAUGAGCAGUUUCGGAACGUGUAACAUUUCUAUGCCUUAGAAAAGUAAAAAAACACCGAAUGUAUUCAACACCUCACAACCGAUCUUUUAUGUUUCAGGACACAAGCUAAUUUUUUUUAAAUUUCAAUUCAAAUUGUAAAAAAAAUGAAGGUUUUAAUUUCAUUUUUCACCGCAGUACCGUACAGGGAGAAUAUCGUACCUCACUAAAUUCGUUCUGUGUUAAAAAGACGAAAUGAUGAUAUUCGCAACGUUUGGCGCUAGAGCAUCAGUGAAAAUAAACACAAUAAAAUUACUUUAAAUGUUCCUUGGCAGCAGAAAGUAAUUAAAAAAUUUAUCGACAUCUGUCUCUUGCUGAGUCCUGUGUUUAAACACAUCCUGGGGGUAAUUAACACGGCUUUGGAAUGUCAGUAUUGCUUUCACUAAAAUUUGUCCAUCUCUUAUCAGCCCAUCCGAAGGGCAAUCAAACCCGCUUCAUUAAAGAAAUGUCGCGUGAACAAUACAUCUUCCGAAACCUUGCAGUUUCAAAGAAUCUUCAUCUAAUCUUUUGCAUAAUAUUACCAUAAACUGCAACUGAAUUUUGUCCCUUUACCAUAAACUGCAACUGUAUUCUGUCCCUUUCACGAUAAAUGCAUAAAUUAUAAAGCAACCUUCGAUUCUGUUAAUUUUCUACAUCAUAGUCCUUUUUCCAAAAUGAACACUUAAUGUCGUCUCACAAUGCGGUUUGUUUCUGUCAUUGCUAUUGCACAUUGUGUUGAGAAUACAAUACGGACUCCAGGGACAUAUUAAAGUUCGCACCAGGAAUUAACUGUCAGAAUAUUGACGAUCAAUUAGCAGAGUAGAGGGCUGCUAUUCAAAUUCAAAUCACCUUGACAAGUUCCCGUCAGUUUAGCCAGCCCCCAUGUCACUAUGAGAAAGACUGCAAUGCUGAAAGAAUCGCAAGCUGAUAAUUCCCAUUGCAAGAGUUACCAACGUUUACCGUAAAUGUUAUACCGCAAGCUGAUUGUUAUUAUUUAGCAAUAUUCUGGAAAAUAGAGGGAUACUAAGAAAGCCUGAAAAGCGGCCAAAUGGGUGUGCGCGCGAAAACGCACUAGAUAUCAACUGAUCGCAGUCAAGGACUGAAGACAACGUUUAGACAACGUCGCCGGGAUACAUCAACGCGGAAAAAAAUCAGGUCUAUUUACAGACUAGAAAUCUGCGGCCCUUGUUGUGGUACUCCAUCUAGAUCGCGCGAAACCGCUAACUGUUAAAGAGAAGAGUGCUUUCAAUAUGGAUUUUGAAGCAACGUCGCAGUUUGACAAAUCGCGUAUCUGGAUAAAUGUUGGGGGAUUUCGCCAUGAAACGCAUAUGUCCACACUCAAGAAUAUUCCGGACACAAGACUUUAUUGGAUCGCAGAGAACCAUUCGACCGAAGGCAAACGGGAGUAUUUCUACGAUCGCCAUCCAGGAGCAUUUACGCAAAUUUUAAACUAUUACCGCACUGGAAAACUACAUUAUCCAACAGAUAUGUGCGGGCCGAUGUUCGAAGAAGAGCUAUGUUUUUGGGGAAUUGACGAGAAACAAAUGGAGCCGUGUUGUUGGGCUAUUUACACCAAACAUCGCGAAGCGGAGGAAAAUCUGAAAGCUUUUGUAGGUCCCGGGUUUGAGGACCUCAAACAAAAUGACCUUGAACGCUCUUCGUCUGACAUAUCUGGAAUCGAUGAAAAGAAAGAUAAUUUCUGGAAACGGAUACAACCAAAAAUUUGGAAUAUUAUGGACGAACCUCAUUCGUCGAAGCUAGCGAAGGUCGUGUCAUAUCUCUCGUGUUUCUUUAUCAGCUUGUCAAUUGCAGCAUUUUGUGUCUCUACAUUACCGGGAAUUCGCACAGAAGGAACUAUCAUGGGCAGCCCUUACUGGUUAAGCCUUCUAGAACUUGUCUGCAGCAGCUUUUUUACUCUGGAGUUUCUAAUGAGGGUGGUCUUCUGCCCCACAAAACUGCUCUUCUUCAAGAGGCCCAUGAACUGGAUCGAUUUGAUAUCUAUUUUACCGUUUUAUGUAUCACAAGUGUCAGAUGACGACAAAGUGAAGAUGUUCUUGGUUAUUCGAGUGCUGCGAUUAUUCAGGUUCGUGAAGUUGUCUUACGGACUGCAGAUUAUGAUUCACACACUGAAGGCCAGUUCACAUGAGCUUGUUCUCCUUCUUCUUAUCCUGUUGAUACCAGUGGUGAUGUUCUCAAGCAUUGUCUACUACAUUGAAAUUAUGAUCGAUAACCAGUCGGUAUUCAACUCAGUCCCACAAUCCUUCUGGUGGUGCCUUAUCACCAUGACGACGGUGGGAUACGGUGAUCUCACCCCGCAAACGUGGCCGGGAAAAAUAAUCGGAGGAGCUUGUGCAGUUUGUGGCGUGCUGAUCGUCGCUCUGCCCAUAUCGGUCAUCGGCAGUAACUUCAGCUUAUAUUAUGCACAUGCGCAAGCCAGGCUCAAGCUGCCAGUCAAACAACAUCGACUGGUGCUUGGGGGUGUCCCGGGCUUGUUGACAAAACAUCAGGAACUGAGUUCCCGUAGAAAGAAAAAGUCUACCGCUGUGCCAAACCACCUUGAUGCAGAAAUGAGCUUUGUCACUGAGCGUACAUCACUCCGAUCGUCGAUGCCUCACAGUCCAUUAUUGGAGCUUCGUAGAGCCACAGUCAGAACUGUUCAUGACUCGGAUGUUGAUCUCCUCACGGGAGAGGAUGAGGAGAGGAGUGUCUCAUCUCCCCUACUUAAGCCAAGUCCUCAGUUAUGCCCAAGAGGUCUAGCCGAGGGUAACAAAGGUGCAAAUUUUCAAGCAAAUCCAAGAAGAAGGCCACGUCGAACAUCUGGGACACUAACACCACGUAGAGUCCUCCCUGAUGAGACAGGAAAGGAGGAAGAAGAUUUGCAGCAGCAUUCACAGCAGUUUUCAGGUGCAGAACAGAGCACUGCGGAGUUAAACAGCAACGACCAAGUGCCUGGGGCAAUUCCAGCCUCACGAAAUCAAACACCUAUUCAAGGUAUGCAACCCGUAGGGGCCGUACCUGCACAUUCGCCUGUGCAAAGUGGCGAUGACCAAGGUGGAAUGGCACUGCAAAAUGAAACGGAUCCUUUCGUUCCCUACGGAAGUCCUGGAAAAGGUAAUAUUCGUACAAAGUGGUUUCUAGAAGGAAACAAUUGUACUAAACCAAAGCAAAGUAACCCAGGAGGAGGAGGAAGUGGAGGAGUUAUGGUGAAUGGGGCUGUUAACUCAACAUACUUCAAGAGACCUUCCUUGGACUCUAGUAGUAAAUCGUCUGCGGAGUUAGAUACCAGUCAGUUAUCUCCCUUGGAAUAUCCUCUUAAAAAACGAAAAUCUCUUUCUGACUCACUGCUAUGCACGGUUCCUCAAGAUGGUGAAAAACUGCCAAGCAGCUGCCUUCCAAACGGACCUUCAACCGAAAACGGGAAUGUAAAUAACGGGCAGUACAUUGACGCUCCGAAGGAUAAACUUUCUCCCAGAACAGACAGGAAACCAAACUAUUCCAAGCAAAAUGGAUCUCCUUUCUCUCAUAAAAAGCCAGCUUCUGGCAAUGGACCGUGUUGUAAGCAUUCAGAUGAAGACAUUAAUAACCAACGAAACAGGACCACGACACAUCCGUGCUAUGAUCCCGUGGAACUGCCGAAGCGAAGACGAAACGCAGCUUGCACGGUUGCUAUCUUAUCGCCUGGUGACAGAAGUGGGAGUGACGAUUUCUUGGAAACAAAGAUUUAACGACGAAAUGGAAAAGGAAUAAUAACCAAGUUAAUUCUGCGUCGUUCUUGCCUCCAGAGAAAGACGAAGUUACUAGCUAGAGUAGCUAGCUAGCUGCCAGUUUGCUUGCAAGCACAGCAAUAUUACAGAGAAUGUAAAGCCUCUAAAUUAAGUGCAACGUUUUUGAGACUUUCUAGCUAUGUCGAAGAACACGUACUUAAAACACAUGUACUUUUUAACAUAAGAUUAGGUUACUGGUGAUGUUCAUGUUGGUGGGUAUGCGGACCUUUACGAAAAAGUAAGAGUGAGAAUUUUUCUACUUUAAUAACUACCACUGCUGAAAAAUGGCCGGGAUUAAAUCAUCCUCGCGUUGAAUAUGACAACCAUGGUUAUAGAACUGGGAAGUAUGUUGAGAGACCUGUAUAAAUAAACUCGGUUAAUCAACCCGACAGCAGUCAAUUGUUAAAAAUUAAGGCGUGAAUUCCCCAUGGAAUUUAAUCUCAGUAGAAAAGUAGAUGACCUUGUGAACUUGCUGGGAUUUCAACCCACGACUUCCAAACAAGGUCACCGGUGCCCUGACGUACGAGCUAAGAACCAGUGGUGCUCAAGUCCUGGUUUAUAAAGUGUUCGUUCGUGCUAGUGACGUAACUUUCAUGAGAUCCCGAUAGUUCCUCUCAUUGGUUGCCUGGUUACAGAUUUCAUGCGCGAGUUACAUGUUCAACCAAUCAAGAGACAAUACAAGGAUCUCGGUAGAGUUCCGUCAUCGGUCCGGAUUUUGCGGGGACGGAUAUCACAUUUUUCUCUUAUGAGAUUGAAUUGAGUAUAAAUGGAGAAAAGACUGUUCCCGAAGUUAUAAACCACCCUUUCGAUAGAAAGUUACCCAACAAGGAUUGGUGCCACCACUGCUGACUCGUAUACAGUCCCUAAUAUCUGGUUGGAGAAAUUAAUCCAGCUAAGUUACGCUACAGAUAUCAAACAUUUCCAAAAUAGCAAGUUGACCCUAUUGGAAAAGGAGUAUUUAAAAUUCUCAAAACAUCAGUUCUCUAAUUAUGUUAUAACAUCCCAAAAGUAGCAAAACCGGGCCGAUCAUGUUCUGUUUUAGAUUUUUGUUUUCUUUUUGUUGGCGCAAUGUGAAUGGCUGUGGUACCUAUAGACCAACUCACGAGAUUUUAUCGGCCUCAGUAAUCAGAACGGAGAACUAUAAUUUCUUAAAAAGCAAUUCAGUUUUGCAUUACAAUUAUUGGAACCGUUCAAUAGUUUAUAGACUUCGAUCUUUGACAGAAAUUGAAAAGGAAGUAUUAAGAUAAAGAAACAAAUUAAAGAAAGAUUGCGGACAUAAUAGGCAUAGAGACCAAGUUCGUAAUUAAAUCAUUCAAAUAAAAUAUCUUCUAGUAGGAUAUUCGAUUUCCCGAUCAUGCUUAGUUUGAAGGAAAUAUCACAAUCUUGUGUAUGUGCUCGCCGUCGUUAAAUUAUGUACAGCAUUAUUUUACUCUUUGGUCCCAUCCACACUACUCCGGAGAAAUUUGAAAACGCAGCUUUAUUUCUACGGUUAGGCCUA